AUGUUGUCCAGGCUGGUCUCACUCUCCCUCACACUGGCGGUCGCCGUAUCCGCCCAACCUGCCCCCAGCAAUAUCGACGCCCUCAUCGCCGGUGGUCCUGGCAGCGGUCCAGUGGUGUCCACGCUCGCAAAGACUUUUGCAAAGUCCAUCACCGAGAAGGCGCUGUACCGCCACCUCACGGCUUUCCAGGCCGCUGCGAAUCAAGGCAACGGGACUAGGGUAUUUGGCACGCCCGGCAACGACGUCCAGCUGCAGCCGUUCGACCAUCUGUACUCGAUCCAAGGGCCUACCGCCAGCACGCUCACGUUCAUUGGCGGCAACGACACCGCCCCGAUCAACCUGCGUUGGCACUUUUACAGCCCCUCUGCCGACAUCACCAACGCGUCAUUGGUCGUAUUGCCAGACACCUUCGUGCAGAAAGACAACGUAACCCUCGCCAGCACGGGAUGCAAUCUCAACGAUUUCCGCGGCACGGACGUGAAGGGCAAGAUCGUGCUGAUCCGCCGCGAAGCCGAUCGCGAAUUUCCUUGCCCUAUGGAGAACAAGACCCGCAACGCCGCAGAGUCCGGCGCGGCCGCUGUGCUUCUAUACCCGGCGCCGCCGGCUGUCACCAAGCCUUCGUUGUUCGAGAAGAUCCCGUCGGCGUCGUUGCGCCCUGCUCACGUUGAGCGGGUGCUGACGAAGAUCAAUGCGUCAAGUGUCCCCUUGAAGGCCACACUGCAUGUCGACAGCCUGAACGAGUGGAGGAAGACGUUCAACAUCAUUGCGACGAGUCGAUGGGGUGAUGCUAAGAAUAUCAUCCAUGUGGGCUCCCACAUCGAUAGCGUGGCGGAGGGACCGGGAUUGAAUGACAAUGCAUCGGGGUCAUCGACCAUCUUAGAGGUGGCGUUGCGAAUCGCAAGGUACCCGACUAGGAACAAGCUGCGGUUCUCGUGGUGGAACGCCGAGGAAGCCGGGCUUAUCGGAGCCAAAUACUACGUCGCGAACCUCACCCCUCGCGAAAAAGCCGCCACAAAGCUGUACCUCAACUUCGACAUGACGGGCUCGCCCAACUUCAUUCUCGGCGUGCACGACGGCGAUAACAGUUCCGGCGGCAACAACCCAUCCACGAUCCCGGCCGGCUCGUUCGCGAUCGAAACCGUGUUCCGCGAUUACGCGAAAUCGGUCAACCAGACCGUGAUCGAUUAUGCGUUGUCGGGGGGUUCUGAUUACGACCCGUUCUUGCGGGCGGGGAUUCCCGUCGGCGGCUUGGCGACUGGUGCGAGCGGACUCAAGACGGAGGAGAAUGCGGCGAUCUUUGGUGGGACUGCGGGAGUUGCCCAUGAUGAGUGCUACCAUGAGGCGUGCGAUACCAUCGAGAAUGUGAGCUUGAAGGCAAUGACGUUCUGUACAAAGGCGUUGGCGUAUGCUGCCGUGCGAUUCGCGUAUGGCGAUGUGUUCACUUUGACGGACGAGGUCAUUUGA